AUGUCAAUUCCAGAAUCCAUGAAGGCCAUUGUGUUCCAGGGACCAUUCGACAUUGCUACUGUGUCUGUUCCUACCCCCAAAUUGACCGAACCCACCGAUGUGCUCUUGAAAGUAACGUAUUCAGGCUUGUGUGGAACCGACUUGCACACCUACCGAGGGCACAUUAAGGGUCCUGUUGGAAACAUUAUAGGACACGAAUUUAUGGGAGUGGUGGUGGAGAAAGGGUCAGCGAUCUCAAGCUUUGAAGUUGGGGACGAGGUGCUCAGUACUUUUACUAUUCAAUGUGGUUCUUGCUGGUACUGUCGUCAUGGAUACUCGGGGCAAUGUGUCAAGACAAAUACGUUUGGAAAAGCCGGCUUGCCGGGUGGACAAGCCGAAUAUGUCCGUAUUCCCUAUGCUGAAACGACUCUUAUCAAAAAACCAUCUAACGACUCUACUGACGAUUCUGUCUAUGUUCUUAUGGCAGACAUCUUCACCACCGGUUACUACGGAGCCAAGAAAAUUGUUAACCAUUUCAAGAACGAACUGGCAAGGGGAUCUGUCCAACAGGAUAUCAGCGACGCAACGAUUCUCCAGCUUGGCUUGGGUCCCGUUGGGCUUUGUGCUCUUCGAGCAUUGAAGCAUUUUGGGUUCAAGAAGAUUGUGUGUCUUGAUAGUGUUCCGCAACGACUCGAAGAGGCACAAAGAUUGGGUGCCUAUAAGACGAUCAACUUCCAGACCGAACCUGAUGCCCUUGCUGACUUUAUUGCCAAAAAUACAGACGGAGGAAUUGGAUUUGAUGCUGUUUUAGAGGUAGUCGGUGCUUCUCAAGCUCUUCGCACCGCUUAUGAUUCUGUUCGUGGUAAUGGUUUUAUUUCUUCAAUUGGUAUGCCCCAUGACUCUCUACCAUUUACCGGGCUUGAAUGCUAUUUAAAGAACGUGAACAUCUCCUUUGGAAGAUGCCAUGCUUGGUCAUUGUUCCAUGAGGCAUUAGAAGUAUUUGAAAAACUCAAGAAAGAUUUUGAGAGUUUCAUCGAUUGCAAGAUUCUGGUGGACGAUGCAAAACACGGCUUUGACAUCUUUGAUGCCCAUAAAGUCAAUAAGGUGGUGUUUGAUUUCACCAAAUAG